ACUUGCUAAUUCUAACAAGUCCAAUCUUUCCCUCCCUAUAAGUAGUACACCACCUCUGAAAUUAUUCUUUUAACUUUAAGGUUCUUCCUUUCCGCUACUCACUCCAUACGCAACUUUUUAGUAUCCAUCUCCUGAAUAUUCUCGCGGCCACCGCAGCGUUCCUCGCAAGAGUUUCAACACAUGCACAGAACCCACAUCCCCCUUAUACACGUCGGAACUUCGGUUAAUCCUCCACAAAUCCCAGCUGGCAGCACUAUGGUGGAGGGUGGUCAGCACAAAUCUCUACCAGCAGCACACAAAUAUAUAUUCCAUCUCCUCAACAUCCUAGGAGUCCUCCUCCAGGUGAAGUAUGCGACCGAAAAUUUGCCGUCUCCAUUUGUCACAGACCACGAUACUGUUGUGAUGUUGAUUGCUGAUUUACUCACUUAUGUGGGGACAUUGGAGAUUGCCAACAUUCUCCAAGCUUGCAACAAUACAAAUAUAUAUGAAUUGAUGAACAGCAUCAGCCUCUUGUGUGGAACUCUUGCGUUGGUUCUACUGGUGAUCCUCCUCGUUCCGGCUUUCGGAUGGUUCACUCUUGCAUGUUGGGUCGUAUAUUUUGUGAUAAUUGUGACCAAGUCCUACCAAACCCUAAAAACUCUGUCUACUGACGCUGUUCUUUAUGUCCGUGACAAAUUGAAGAAGCUGAUGAGGAGGUUGAACGGCAACGAAGAACAAAUGAGCCCAAACGAUGAAGAACAAAUUUGCUACACUCAUGAUUCCAAACGAUGACACUAAAAACCAUAAAUUUGCCACACUCGUGAUUUUAUGGUUCUGUAUGUUAUCUAAUUUAUGGUUUUUAUAGAUAUAUAGAUAAAAACCAUAAAUUGAGCAUCCUAAAAUAAGAAUUUCAUAAAGUACAUGGUUCUUUAUGUUAUCUACUUU